AUGGUUAAGCCAUGGUGGAUAGAGCUUUGGGCGCAUCUCAGCAAAAACAAUGCAAAGGGGAGAGGCAAAGGAAUCAGCGAGAUUCAGAGCCGGAUCUUGACAGGCGAGGCCCACGGCGUGCUGAAAUAUAGCAAGCCACAGCCUAAAAUGGAUGAAUGGGAUGAUGCAGAUCAUCUCGCGCGGUUCCACUUUAAUGUCAAGGACAUAAACCACCGAUCCCGGGAGGGGGUCUUCUUCGGAAAAAACUUCAGCAAUCAGACAAUGGACAUGCUCGUAUGGGCAUUGAAGGGGUGGCUAUGUAAUAUCCACGCUCCAACAUACAUUGAUAAGCCAUAUGGUGGCACGGCCAUCAUGGGCACUAAACAGCAAGGGGAAGGUGUUCAUCUUAAAAAGAGAAAGGCGAAGACUGCAGACGGACAAGCAAAGGUAAAAAGAGCCAGGGGCGAUCAAAACGGCACAGCAACAAGCGAUGAGGAACUCAAUCAAGACGAAGAAGAUGAGAAUGAUGAGAAAGAUGAGAAAGAUGAGAAAGAUGAGAAAGAUGAGAAAGAUGAGAAAGAUGAGAAAGAUGAGAAAGACAAGAAAGAUGAGAAAGACGAGGAAGACGUGGAAGACGUGGAAGACGAUAUUCCGAGUCUGAGAGCACCUGAAUGGAGAAUGAAAUGCUGA